UCUUCUUCACAAUUUUUCAAAUCCCAGCAAUUCGAAACAAAUGGAGUGCCAAAAACCUCGGGUCCAUUUUGAUGACUCCCCCGACCCGAAUCGGAAGCCCAAACUCUACCCGGAUGUCGUCCAAUCCAACCCGGAUUCCCAACCGAACCCGAAACCCGAACCGUCCGCCCCGAAUCUCUACCCCUCCCUCGAUAUGGACGACCUUUACGGCGACCUAUUCCUGGAAGAUCCAACGUACUACGAGAUCCCGCCGGAAAGUCAAAGUCAAAUCCAGGAACCGCCGUCGGCGCCGCCGUUAGCAGCGGAGGAGGUGCUGAUCAGGAUCCCCGGCGCGAUUGUUAACCUGAUCGAUAAGGACUACAGCGUCGAACUCGCCAGCGGCGACUUCACGAUCGUGAAGCUCGUCCAAGGCGACGACGUCGUUGCGAUCCUAGCGCGGGUGGAGGACAAGAUCCAGUGGCCGCUGUUGAAGGACGAGGCGGUGGUCAAGCUCGACGAUUCGCAUUACUUUUUCUCGCUGUUCGCGCCGGAGAAUCAGGAGUCGCCGGCGCCGGCGACGGAGUCCGGCGAGGAUGGGAAGACGAAGAAGAAGGAUAAGAAGAAGAAGAAAAAUGAGAAGAAGGAGAAGGAGAAAGCUAAGGAUGUUGAUAACUUCUUGAACUACGGGCUGACGAUUCCGUCGAAAGGGCAGGAGAAAUUGGUGAGGGAAUUGGAUGAGGUGUUGAAGAGUUGCAGCAGUUUUUCGGUGCAGAAGGUUUCGGAGAAGGCAAAGAAGAAGGGGGAGGCGUUGGAUAGUUCCUUGGCGUUGGGGACGGCGCCGGGGGAGCUGAAUGCGGAGAAGAAGAGGGAGAUGGAGGAGCAGAGCGCGGCGUAUUGGACCACAUUGGCUCCCAAUGUGGAGGACUACAAUGGGAGUGCGGCUAAGUUGAUUGCUGCCGGGACGGGGCAGCUGAUCAGGGGGAUUUUGUGGUGUGGUGAUGUGACUGUGGAUAGGUUGAAUAGGGGAAAUGAGGUUUUGAAGAAGAGGAUGGAGCCAGGUUCGCAAAAGGAAGUCAGUCCCCAAACCAUGAGGAGAAUCAAAAGGGCCAAGAAAGUGAGCAAAACAACACAGAAAGUAGCGACAUGUGUGCUCUCUGGGGUUUUGAAAGUUUCUGGAUAUUUCACAAGUACUGUGGUGAACUCCAAAGUGGGAAAGAAAUUCUUUCGUCAUUUGCCUGGGGAAAUUUUGCUUGCUGGGCUGGAUGGAUUUUGUAAGGUCUGUGAUGCUGUUGAAGUAGCUGGAAAAAAUGUCAUGUCAACAUCAUCUACUGUUACAACUGAGCUCGUAUCUCACAAGUAUGGUGAAGAAGCAGGUAAGGCGGCAAGCGAAGGGCUUGAUGCAGCAGGACAUGCCAUAGGAACUGCAUGGACUGUUUACAAGAUCCGAAAGGCAUUGAACCCAAAAAGUGCUAUCAAAUCCUCCACCCUAGCCAAAUCUGCUGCCAAGGCAAAAGCUGAUGAGGUAAGGGCGGCAAAGAAGAAGUAACUGGUUCUCGGAAUCUCCUCAUUUGUAUAGACUGGUCAGUCCAAAUUUUUCUUCCCCCAUUUUUUCCCAAAAGAAACACUUUGUUGUUGCUAUCGUACUAUAGCAGGUAGAGUGUGGAUAUAUUCAUCCUUGUAACCAUCUUCAUUCAUUUAUGAUUGUUACAUAUGUUUCCUUAGUAGCACUAUCAGGAUCAUACAUUGAGCUCCUGCCCUCGUGCGCUUGUGUUGCUUGAUCUUUUUGCUAUUUCUUUGUUUAUCGAGGCCUAUAUCUAGCCUUACCCAGAAAACGAGUCCAUAUAAACAUCCAAGUUAUAGGUUUUAACCGUCAAUGUGUACCAUCAUUCUCUAGAAAAUGUACAAAAUGACUGAAAAUGAUGUAUAUUAUGUAUCUUGCCUUGAAUGAAAGUGAAUUUUCUUAUUUUCUU